AUGGACGCCGAUCAGUUCAGGAAAGCGGCCCAUGCGGCCAUCGAAGAAAUUAUUGCCUACAACCAAGAGCUCCCCAAUUACCCGGUGCUGCCGACCAUCAAACCGGGGUUCCUGGCGCCACAGCUGCCGGCAUCCGCACCAGAGAAGCCAGAAGCAUGGACCGAGAUCCAGUCGGACAUCGCGUCGAAGAUUGUGCCUGGUAUCACUCACUGGCAGUCGCCCAACUUCAUGGCCUUUUUCCCCGCUGGCGUCACUUAUCCGUCCAUGCUCGGGGAGAUGUAUUCUGCCGCAUUCACCGCUCCAGCGUUCAACUGGCUGUGCAGUCCCGCGUGCACGGAACUGGAAACCGUGGUCAUGGACUGGCUGGCCCAGGCGUUUGAACUGCCCAAGGAGUUUCUGAGCACGAGUGCCAGUGGCGGCGGAGGGACCAUUCAGGGCAGUGCGAGUGAGGCGAUCGUGACCUGUAUGGUCGCUGCGAGGGAGAGGUAUUUGCACACCAAGUGUGACGCGGAGGGCUUGAAACCGGGUUCUUCAGAGCGAGAGGAUCGCAUUGCUUUCCUGCGGGGACGGCUAGUUGCCUUGUCCAGUGAUCAAGCACACUCCUCGACGCAGAAGGGAGCGUUGAUCGCCGGAACUCGAUACCGAUCUAUUCCGACAAAGCUCGCAAAUGAGCUGUCUUUGCAGAGGGAAGAGCUGGAAGCUGCCCUGGAGCAAUGCAAGGCCGAAGGUCUCGAACCCUACUACAUCACCCUGACGCUGGGCACGACGUCGACAUGUGCCGUGGACGACUUUGCUGGCCUCGCGCCGGUUCUUGAAGCCCAUCCAGAUCUCUGGGUCCACAUCGACGCCGCUUAUGCCGGAGCCGCUCUGGUCUGUCCCGAAUACUCGUCGAAAUACUCUCCACAAAUGAUCAUUGCCGACUCGUUCAACAUGAACAUGCACAAAUGGCUGCUCGUCAACUUUGACGCGUCCUGUCUGUUCGUCCAGAACAGGAACCAUUUGACGCGUGCGUUGUCCAUCUCGGCAGCCUACUAUACCAACAAACAUUCGGACAGUGGCCUGGUCACGGAUUAUCGGGACUGGCAGAUCCCUCUGGGAAGACGAUUUCGGGCACUGAAAAUCUGGUUUGUGAUGCGGAGUUAUGGCCUCGAAGGGAUGAGGCAACACAUCAGGAAAUCGGUGGAGAGAGGCGAGAUCUUUGCUGAUCUUGUCCGUGGGCGAAGCGAUCUGUUUGAACUUGUCGCAGACCCGCGGUUCGGAUUGACGUGUUUCCGAGUCAAACCAUCCGCUUUGGCAGCAGGGCAAGUAAGGACGGCGGAGACGAAUGGAGACUUUGUACCCCAGACCGCAGCGAUGCAGCAACGAGAACAGGACGCGAAUGAGGUCACAAAGCAUAUUGGGGACCUGAUCAACGAGCGAGGCCAGAUUUUCAUGACCUGCAGCAGCACGGCGGGCAAAUCUUUCAUGCGCAUUGUUAGUGGCAAUCCGCAGGGGGCAGAGAAAUAUGUCAGAGCGGCGUUUGACAUUAUCACGAAAACGACGGAGGAGGUCAUCGCUUCGAGGAAGUCGGUGAAUGAGAUGAAUUGA